CAGCAUGCUGUGCACCACCCUUGCUGGGUACGCCCACUCUGCCUGCACCCUGAAACCUGACCAGGCCUUCUCCCACCCCAUGAGUUUAAACAUUUUAACAACUAGCCUGACUGUGAAAAGCCCGGAGAAUCCUUCCUACAGGGGACAGUGGUGCAGAGAGAAGCUGGACAGGCGCCCACACCUGGCUGGCACACACACCUGUGUGCACCGAGGGGGAACUGAGGAGCACCUGAAUUGCCGAGCCAGGCUGCAGGCCCUGACGUUUGCCAGAGAAAACGAGAUCCAACCAACAUGCUGUAUUUUCGUCACGUUUUCCUGCCUUGGCUGAGGGUGGCUCCUCUUCCAGGAAAGCUCUUCUGCCUCUGAAGCUGGAGGAAC